CCCGUGCCUGCGACGGAUCAUUUCGUACGCGGCUUUUCGUGAAAUAUGCUGUAAGAGUGAAAGUGCUGGGGCAUCGGAUCGUUGGAAAAAAUAGAGUUUUUUUUUUUCAUUUCGCACUAGCUUUUAUUUAUUCAUCGAAUUCGAUAGGGGGUUGUCGAGCUGGUGGAUUGUACUUCUAAUAUUCGUUAUUUAUUGUAGCUAUGAACGAAUGCUAGCUCUAGCGCCGUCGAAAAGCGAGUAAUAAAUUCAUUAAACAACACAAUUUUUUACCGAGAAAUUCGUUUAAAAUCGAACCAUGAUCACCACCAUCACGAAAAUCCACACGGACGGCCAGGCCGCCAACGCGACGCUCAACAACUACAGCGACAAAGUGGAAAAAGUGGAACUGGCCGCCGGCAACAAGCAGGAAAAACCGCUGCCCAGCUACGACAAGUACCCGUUCCUCAUCUGGGAAUUCGAGACCCCCAUCAUUUGGUCCAACGUGAUCUUCAUCACCCUGUGGCACCUAAUCGCAGUCUACUACUUCAUCCACUACCCUUCCAUACUCAGCAAACUACCGCUCGUUUUAUACGGUUGCGUAAUAGGAGGUAUAUCAGGAUUCGGAAUCACAGGCGGGGCCCACAGAUACUUCACCCAUAGAACGUAUAAGGCGAAAUUACCAUUGAAAAUAUUAUUGCUCAUCUCCUAUGCUGUAGCAGGACAAAACCAGCUGUUCGAUUGGGUAAGGGACCACCGGGUGCACCACAAGUUCAGCGAGAGCAACGCCGAUCCCCAUAACGCUUCCAGGGGAUUCUUCUUCUCGCACGUGGGCUGGCUGAUGAUGAAGAAGCACCCGGACGUGAUCAGAAAGGGCAGGACCAUCGACAUGAGCGACAUCACCGACGAUCCGCUCAUCCAGGUCUACCAAAAGUAUUGGUUUUGGAUCAAGCUGGCCUUUUGCUUCAUCAUCCCGUCAGCCAUUCCGGUAUAUCUGUACGGAGAAGACUGGUUCUGGAGCAUCAUCACCAUUUGCUUCAUCAGAUACGUGAUAUCGUUGAAUUCCACGUGGGCAGUGAAUUCAUUCGCUCACAUUUGGGGGUACCGGCCGUACGAUAAGAGAAUCUUCCCGUCGGAGAAUCUGGCCGUAUCGUUCUUCGCGAUGGGCGAGGGAUACCAUAACUACCACCACACGUUCCCGUGGGACUACAGGGCGGCUGAGCUGGGCACCAUGUUGAACGUGACCACGUUGUGGUUGAACAUCUUCAAGUCGAUCGGCUGGGCGUACGACUUAAAGGCGCCGUCGGGCGAGUUGAUCAGGAAGGUGGUGGAGAACAACGGGGACGGUACUCACUACAGGUGGGGCCACGAGGUGGCCGAGGAGUGCGAAGGCGCCGCCGGCGACGAGGAGGUGAAGGAGGAGGAGGAGGAGGUGGAGGAGAAAAAGGAAAUGUAGUAGUUUUAAGGGCGUUUUUGUUUGUUUGUUUUUUUUUGUUAGUUUAGGCGAUUUUAUGUAGUGGGUGAACGCUGCGGGUGUUUUGGGGGAACGGCGGAAAGGGGUGAUUUACAUCUGGAUGAUGAGGGUGUUGUAAAGUUUAUUCGUUCUUAAAAGACAAUGGACGUCACGAGCCAGCCUGUUGCAACGUUGCCGUGUUGUAAUUGAGAUUCAUAAUAUAACAGAUUUGUUUAAAGUUAUGUUUACUUUCAAUGUUAGUUCAAUCGUAACAUUCUGUCGUAAAAUUCCCCUAGACAAAUGGCUGAAUUAACAUCGGCACUAGAGAAAUGUUGAACUGCGUGGAAACAACUAAAUAUGACGUCAUUGUGUAUUUAGAAGGGAUAAAUAAACUUUAGCCAAAUUUUUCUAUUGUUCGUUACCGUUAUAAAUUAUUUUUCGUAACACCUCUACAUGCAAUGUUUGAUCAAUAACAUUUUUAAUAUACGUACGAUGCAAAUUUUCCUCUCUAACCGGCAAUAACAAUCUAUAGAGAUGGCACAAUUUCGAAAAAAAACAACCAAUUUACCAAUAAAUUAUUUAAAAAAAAACGUAUAUUUAGAGGGUCCCGGUCUAGUCAUUGCUUAAAAAUUUCGGGAACCUCGUUCGUUAAAUUCCUUUGCGAUAAAUCAUUCUUUUCCCGUUCUCUCGAAGAAAUUUGUCGGAAAAAUGCUCCGCAGUUUACCAUAAUUUAUUGAUCGCUAUUUUAACGAAUUAAGUAUUUUUUGUUAAAUUUUUUUAAUUUUAAACAAGUUCAUUUAGAUCGAAACACAUUUGGCGUAUUCAUAUAGUAAUAUUUUCAUAGUAGUACGUUAGAAAAAUAUAUUGUGAUUUCUUUUUUGUAAUGCAUUAUAAUAAAUGAAUUAAAAACAGAAUAUAAUCGCAGUUUGUAACUUAGUCUACAUGUACAAAAACUUAUAUUAAUUAAGGGAGCAACGAGUUUUAUUCAAUACAACAACCUCCUAACCUUUCAUUUCUUUGUUCUCUUUGAUUUUGGAGAAUCUUUUGGUUUGGUUAUUGAUUUCCUCUUGGGUUUUUUAGCUCUACUUUCCAAAUCUGACACAAAAUUAAGGAAAUCCUCUUGUCUUUUUUUCAUGUUGUU